UGAUGCCGUUUUCUGUAGGCAAAUGUUUCAACUGAUAGUUAUGUAGGAUAUCUGCGGUAGUCAAAGUUAAAUCAUUUUUCGAACGUUGAGUGUUAUUCGACGGCUACUUUUUCAGGAAGUGGUCCAUCACGUGCAGAAAGAGAAAGGGGGUAACGGUACAUUCGCCGAUGCUCUAUCCGCAAUUGUCAUGUCGUAUUGUUUCUUUUGACGGUUAAUUCUUUAUUAAUCAACUAUGAAAUGUGGGCUGACAAUUAGGCUUAAGUCGUUCAGUGUUUUGCCUUGGGAGUGGUUGGUUUUGCGAGCAUCAUUUGGCACCCCCCCCAAAAAUACAUAUUUUUCAACGACAGACAUCCACCCAUGGUCGUGGUACGCGCAGACUACCUGACCAAUGUUUUUUGUUUUUUCAAUUGUUUUUUUUAUCGGAUCUAACAAACUGCUCUGUUCCUGACAUACACCCACAUUCAUCACUGGAAACAGAAUUGCUUUCAAAAAAAUGUUUUAGUAUAGUAAUGGUGCGAUAGUGACAAGAAACAUAUUUUGGGUUCAUUUUAUUUCCAGAAUGAGGUAUAUCAUUGAUGCCUUUCUUCACAUGAAUCAACCAAACAUGAAGUGGAUAGCCUAGAAGGCUAUUCAGACAGUUUUCUAGACAAUUGUCUGUAUAUUGUCGUGUUCGGUGUUGCCUUUUUACAAUGAAAAUGAGUAUUUGAGGAUACAAUUCUGUCUCACUGCUCUCGAACCUGGGGUUGCCGGUAGGAAAGGCGUCUAUUGCCUUGGCACACUGGCUAGGCGGUGGAGCGGCCAAUGUCGACUGUUAUCUUCGGUAGAAUAUAAUCCUGUAUAUAACUGUUACCUACAUAAAAACCAAGUAGCCUAAUAGAAAGGAUACCUCAGGGACAAUGUCUUCUCGUGCAGCACUACCUGGGAACGAGCGGAAAUCGGACCUCCAUACCUCUCUCUCGACGAGUCGCUCGGAGAAGAGCACUGGUUGGUCAAGCAGAUCACUCGGAGCACGAUGCCGGAACUCUAUCGCCUCGUGUUCGGACGAGCAGCCGCACAUCGGCAACUACCGUCUGCUCAAGACCAUCGGCAAGGGCAACUUCGCCAAGGUCAAGCUGGCCAGGCACAUCUUGACGGGCAAAGAGGUUGCAAUAAAGAUCAUUGACAAAAAUCAACUCAACCCGACCAGCCUACAGAAGCUCUUCAGAGAGGUACGCAUCAUGAAAGGCCUCAACCACCCAAAUAUCGUGCAGCUGUUUGAGGUGAUCGAGACGGAGAAUACACUCUAUCUGAUAAUGGAGUACGCCAGUGGGGGUGAAGUGUUUGACUACCUCGUGUCCCAUGGGAGAAUGAAAGAGAAAGAGGCGCGGGCCAAAUUCCGUCAGAUUGUGUCUGCUGUACACUACUGUCACCUGAAGAACAUUGUUCACAGGGACCUUAAAGCUGAGAACCUCUUGCUGGAUGCCGACUCCAACAUCAAAAUCGCAGACUUUGGCUUCAGUAACGAGUUCACCAUGGGCAACAAGCUGGACACAUUCUGUGGCUCCCCUCCCUAUGCCGCACCGGAGCUGUUCCAGGGGAAGAAGUACGACGGGCCUGAGGUGGACAUCUGGAGCCUGGGGGUCAUCCUCUACACGCUGGUCAGCGGAUCACUGCCCUUCGACGGGCAGAACCUCAAGGAGCUGCGGGAGCGUGUUCUGCGGGGGAAGUACCGCGUGCCCUUCUACAUGUCCACCGACUGCGAGGGCAUCCUGCGCAGGUUCCUGGUGCUCAACCCCACCAAACGCUGCACCCUGGAGCAAAUCAUGAACGACAAGUGGAUUAACUCUGGCUACGACGGAGAAGAACUGAAGCCUCAUAUAGAGCCCCUGGAGGACCAUAAUGAUGGCAGCCGCAUCGAGGUGAUGGUGGGGAUGGGUUACACCCGUGACGACAUCAAGGACGCUCUGACCACUCGGAAGUACAACGAGCUCACCGCCACCUACCUGUUACUGGGACGCAUGAAUGAGGUGGAGGGCAGUGAGUCUCGGUCAACCAGCAGUCUGAGCCUGGCGCGGGUACGGCCCAGCACCGUCACCAACGGCACCAGUAAACAAUCCACCUCCUCCACCACCUCCGCCUCCUCCUCCCACAGCAAGACCACCCAGCGCAGCGCCUCCACCUACCACCCCCGCAGGAGGCACAGUGACUUCUGCGGUCCAGCAGCGCCCCCAUCCCACCCCAAGCGUAGCCCCAGCAGCGUGGCGGGGGCAGACAGGGAGCUGAAGGAGGAGGGGGGGCGCAUGGCGUCCCGGAAGGUCAGCAGCAGCGUGGUGGGCAGCCGUUCCAUCCAACCCCCCUCCAGCCCCAUGGUCAGCAGCGCCAACAACCCCAACCAGUCAGAGAUCCCCGACCGCCGCAAGGAGAUUAACACCGCCACGAACAACGUCCCAGCAAGUGCCAUGAUCCGCCGGAACACGUACGUGUGCACCACGGACCGGAACAGCACAGACAGGCCCUCCCUGCUGCAGAACGGCAAGGAGAACAGCUCCAUGUCCCACCGGCUGCCCCCGGCCUCACCCUCCACCCACAGCAUCGCUGGGGCCUCGGGGACCUCCUCCUCUUCGGGCUCCCGCCUCACCCGGGGCUCCAGCAUUCGCAGCACCUUCCACGGGGGCCAGCUGAGGGACCGGCGGCCUCCCUCCCACGCCCCCCCCACCUCCCCCACUCUGUCCCACGACGCCAGCCCCCUGCCCCACGCACGUACCCGCGCCACCUCCAACCUGUUCAGCAAGCUCACCUCCAAGCUCACCCGCAGGGUCACAGACGAACCUGAGAGAGUCUGCAGAUCUCCGGUCACAAGUCGCCAUCUACCUGGGCAUCAAAAAGCGGCAGAGCCCCGGACCCCCCGAUGCGGCUGGGAUGUGAGGGUGCGGAGCCCGCGGGACCCAGCGGAGGUGGUGCUGGCGCUGCGCGAGGCGGCCCAGGGCUGCGGCUGCCAGGUCCACCUGGCUGGGCCCUUCCUGCUCUCCUGCACCCACGGGGCGGCUGGCUCACGCGUGGCCUUCGAGGCUGAGGUGUGCCAGCUGCCCGCAGGCCCCGCCGAGACCAGCGGUGUGCGCUUCAAACGGCUGUGGGGGGCGCCGCUCGCCUUCCGGGACAUCGCCACAAAAGUGUCCAAGGAGCUGGAGCUCUGAGGGCGACAGGGGGUGGGGCAGAGGGCUUCUACACUGGACAGACUGACCGAGGGGGCGGGAGAAGGAGACGGGCAGAACCCGCUACCCCCACUGCCAACCUCGCCUCACCCCCGCCAAAGACCCGCUUCAGGUGCCACACGGACAUACAGACGCACAGGCGUGGAUGGUCCGGGCCCGCCACUCACAGACCUAUGACCCACAAACCCUGCUAAGGCACCUCAAUAUUAUGUGAAUCUACGGAGUCAAGCAGUUAUUUUAUAAUUCCAUAUUUGCAGAUGAAGAUAUUUUUCGUCAAUGUCGUUAUGAUUAUAUUUGUUGUCGUUCCUUUUUAACAGCUGCUAUUUAAAAGUUUUUUUUCGCUUCAAUGAGUGAUUGACGCAGACUGAAUGCAUAUUUAAGAAACAAGGGACCAGCCCUUUCCUAGACAGAACUCUGGGCUAUAGAGCAGGGGUGUCAAACUCAUUUUGCCCUGGAGGCCGCAUUCGGUCUUCAACAAGGUCCGGAGGGCCGCACUGAAAAUGUGUUAUAUUUCUUCGCCGUCAAUUUUCCAAAAAUAGUCCUCUAUCCAUAGUUUUUUAAAAUGAUUAUGCUCCCUGACUGUCUAGCUUUAUUUGGGAGAUUAUUAACAAGCUGGACAGUCAAUAAACUGUAUGAAUGUAGGUCCAUUAUCUUAUCAUUUCUACACAGUUUCAAUUUGGUUGUAGUCAUUUUAAAGUAUACCAUUGUUCUGUUUUGUUUUACUCAAACCCGCGUGUUUUGUAUAUACCGGUAUGUUGGUUACCAAUGAGCAAAGCUGUCUGACUUCAAUGUCCAAAACGGAAUAGGCGAUGACUGCUCUUCUGAGCCACUAACCCUUUGAUUUUCUACGUUUCAGCAGGUAAUGUACACAGGCAUUCUACACGUUCUUCUGGUAGCACUUUUGGUUUAGCAAUAUCACCUCUUCAAUUGUAUUUCCUCUUAAAUGGUACAGCACAUCCACCAGGCCAAGAUUCCAAACAUGAUUUGAUAUAAGCGGUGUUUAGUAUAAUGUUGGGGUAUGUCGGUUGUCACAUUUCAAGGAAUCACAAUGGAUCACUUUUUUGUAUAAAAGAGAAUUGGAUCAACUCCUAAUUUUCUGCUCAAAAAGAAAAUAGUAUAAUUGAUUACACAGACUAUAACAACUACAGCAACGCUUGUUGAAUUGCAUUCAGUAUUUCAAUUGGUCAGCAAAACAGGCGUUAUGUAGCCGCUUCCCUUCUGGUAACCAAUCAGCCUUCUGUAUUCCUGAGUGACGUAUGAGAGUGAGGUUGGUAGUUUAGAAUGUGACCCUGGGUGAUGUUGUUGAAAUCAACCCUGACACUCUUCUAUAAAUGAAGCACGCUCCCAAGCUCCUCACAAUAGAUCCAAGUCAGGUAGAUAGUCACUCACUCAGGCCUUGACUGUUUGUCACUGGCUUUGGUUUGCACCAAUAAACAGUAAUGAUCCUUGUCGCCUGGCAGUGGGUCACAGCAGCAGACAUGCCAGAACUUCAUUCCCAGUUGGUGCAGUGAGCUCUUCUAGUUUAGAUCUCAGAACCAUGUUUCUAUUUUCUCAGCUCAGACUGUUGGUGUCGCUGAAUGUUCCUCAACCUUUCUUGUUUGCUGAAAGUCUGUCUGGUCUUUAAAUGGCUCAAAGAUUCAUCAGCAGUGGACGAUGUUGUCAGUACAGAAUGUGUUUGUCACUGUUCCAGUAUGACAUUUCUACAGUAUGUAACAUCCCAGUUAUAUUCCGUAACCUGUGACACCCCUGACCAUCUUCGCCAGCCUGCCCACACUGGACUGCCUGCCCAACACACUCACAAAUCUUCAGUUGUUUUCAAACUCCACCAUUUUCCACCUUAUUCCUUUUGGCAAAAUUUGUAUUGCACACGUGUAUGGCAGUAUUACAUAGUAAUCCAUGACACUGCUAUGAAUUCAGUUUGCCCGUUGCAAGGAAUCAUGGGAGUUUUUAGUUGCAACAGGUGGCCACAAAUGUCUUAAAAUGUGAAAGCUGUGAUUUAGGGCAAUUCUUUUACAACUUUGCCCAAAAUAGCACCCCUCUUGCCCAACAAUUCCCAUCUGUAUUGCUAAAAGCUUAGGACUAUGCUUCAAGAGUAGGAAGUAGUUGUGCGUUUGAAGCAGUCGCUGUUAUCGAUAAAACGGGGUGCAACUAUGGAAAUUACUGACCUGCAGUCCUGCAUGUCUCCCGAGGAAAAUUGUAUGAAGCAAAAAUAAAUUCUCCUUUCAAAUUCUGA